AUGGGUGCCUUAAUGUACUACAACAUAGAGUACUGGUGUAAGGUUUACUUCAAUACUGGAGUCAAAUGUGAUUAUGUAGAUAAUAACAUGUCUGAGUGUUUUAAUGCAUGGAUAUUGGCAGCAAGGCACAAAACAAUUAUUACUAUGGUUGAAGAGAUUAGAGUGAAGAUGAUGACAAUGAUAGGUAAUUUAAGGGAGUUUACAAAUACUUGGAAGUGCAAUUUCUCUCCAAUGGCUUUGAAGGUACUACAAGAAAAUAUUGAUAGGUCAAUGAAUUGUAGUAUUGAAUUUAAUGGAGUUGCUGGGUUUGAAGUGAGAGAGGGACUAUAUCAACACACUGUGGAUCUUGGCAAGAGAACUUGUAGCUGUAGGGUAUGGCAAUUAAAGGGUAUACCAUGUGCACAUGUUGUGGUUGCAAUAUACUUCAAGAAAUGUGAUCCUGUUCACUAUAUUGAUAGCUGCUACAGUAAGGAAACUUACUUGAGAACCUAUGCUAAUGUUCUUCAACCAAUCACAAACAUGGAAAUGUGGCCUAUAUCUACUAAUCCAACAGUUGCACCACCUGCAAUUAAAAGCAUGCCUGGAAGGCCAGGUAAGCUUAGAAGGAAAGAGGCUGGAGAAACAAAGAAAUCAGGAAAGUUGCCUAGAACUGGACUUGCCAUGACCUGCAGUAAUUGUAAUGGUAGAGGUCAUAACAAGAGAGGUUGUCCACAAAAUGUUCAAUCACGAGCAAGGGAGGAACCAUCAGGUUCAGGUAAUGGAAGAGAAUCCAUCAACAGAAGGUGA